CACUGUUGUCCCGGCGACGCGGCGGAGCGAGCUGGUGCCGGUUGGUGGCGGGCGGAGGUGGUUGGCGGUCCCGCCCGCAGCGCCACUGAUCUAUAUAAGAAUUACCAUGUUCUUCUGUCUCUUGAAUUUUAUACCUGGAUCUCAAAGUAACUGUAAUUUGGAGGAGACUAGUGAAUAUCCUGUACCAUUAUGAGAAGAUUUUCACCAACCUAAAACAGUCUGGAAAAAAAAAUUUCUCUAAGAAAAUCAAAGAUCACAGAAUUCAUUGAUAAGACAGAAGACAUUUAGAAUUUACAAGGUUUGGGUUAUCUAGGUCUUAGAAAAAAUGAACCGUUACACAGUCAUGAAACAACUAGGUGAUGGCACCUAUGGCAGUGUGUUGAUGGGCAAGAGCAAUGAGUCAGGAGAACUUGUGGCUAUCAAAAGAAUGAAAAGAAAGUUCUAUUCAUGGGAUGAAUGUAUGAACUUGAGAGAAGUCAAGUCUCUAAAGAAGCUAAAUCAUGCCAAUGUAAUAAAAUUGAAAGAAGUUAUACGAGAAAAUGACCACCUUUACUUUGUAUUUGAAUACAUGAAGGAAAAUCUUUAUCAGCUAAUGAAGGACAGAACCAAGUUGUUCCCUGAGUCAGUUAUCAGAAACAUGAUGUAUCAGAUAUUACAAGGGCUAGCUUUUAUCCAUAAACACGGAUUUUUUCAUAGAGAUAUGAAGCCUGAAAACCUUCUCUGUAUUGGACCAGAACUUGUGAAAAUAGCAGAUUUUGGUUUGGCUAGAGAACUAAGAUCUCAACCACCUUAUACAGAUUAUGUUUCUACCAGGUGGUAUCGUGCUCCUGAAGUUUUGCUAAGAUCAUCUAUCUAUAGUUCACCUAUUGAUGUGUGGGCAGUUGGCAGCAUAAUGGCUGAAUUAUACACACUAAGACCUCUUUUCCCAGGCACAAGUGAAGUAGAUGAAAUCUUCAAAAUUUGCCAAGUAUUAGGGACUCCAAAGAAGAGUGACUGGCCAGAAGGAUACCACCUUGCUUCUGCCAUGAAUUUCCGCUUCCCACAGUGUGUCCCCAUAAGCCUAAAAACUCUCAUCCCAAAUGCAAGCAAUGAAGCAAUACAACUUAUGAGUGAUAUGCUGAACUGGAAUCCAAAGAAGAGGCCUACAGCAAGUCAGGCUUUGAAGUACCCUUACUUUCAAGUUGGACAAGUUUUAGGACCUCCUCCACAGUAUCUGGAGAAGCAGACUCCUAUUAAAGCAGUUCAGCCAACAGAGCCAAAGCCAAUUUUACCUAAACUGGAAGCUAUAUCCAAGCCAGAACCUCUGUCUUCACCGGAUGUACCUGACAAAACACAGCCACAGCCCUUGUCAAAGGUUAACCACCAGCCUCUCCAGCAAAUUCAGUUGCCUCAGAAUACUGCUAACCAGCAAGUACCAAAACAGCAGCAGCCACAGGCACAACCAUUUUUACCAGCUAUCAAUAAAAACUCAUUGCCAAAACAAACAGCUAAUGGCCCUCAGAGUGGUGCAGUAGGUCCUAAAAGCUGCAGAAGACGAUGGGGUCAGACUUUGGUAAAGGCUGUGGAUAGCUGGGAUGACUUGGAUGACACAGAAUUUGGAAUGUCAUGUUCAAAGAAACCUAGCAUUGCGCUGUUAAAAGAAAAGAAAAACAAGGAAAGUCUUUUUAGUGUGCCAGAACCAAAAACUUCGUUCUCUACCCAGCCAGGAGGGGAAAAUAAGGUUCCAAUGACAAAUGAUUCUGGAAGAUUAAAUACAUCAGCAAAGCAGUACUACUUAAGACAAUCAAGAUAUCUACCUGGUGUAAACCCUAAGAGUGUCUCCUUAGCAGCAGUCAGUAAAGAAGGAUUACAUGGAACCUGGAACAACCAGUUGUACUCUAAACCAUUGGCACAUGCUGGAGGAGGAACAACUUUCAACAGAAAUACUACAGGAAAUCCUGGCUUUGUAAGUGGUGCUGCUUACAACCCAUCAGGAGUAUAUAGCUCUUCCUUUCAUAAAAAAGAAGUUGGAUCAGCAGGACAACGGAUACAGCUAGCUCCUCUUGGUGCACCUGUAUCAGAUUAUUCAUGGAAAACCAAAGCCGCUCGUGCUCAGUUACCAGGUCCUACUUUCAAUUCAGCAGCCAAAAAUUUGAGUAUCUUAACUCGCCCACCAAUUCAGCCAGUACAUGGAAGAACAGACUGGAUGGCCAAAUAUGGAGGAAACAGAUAGAAAAUGCCAUCCUGUAUAGAUGUCAACUAUGUUCAGUUCUGCACUGGAAACAUGAAAUGCCUAUUUGCUCUAACUUGUCCUAAGACUAUACAAUAGUAAAGAAGGAAAAAAAGACCUUGAGUUCUAUUACCUGUAUAAUACACGUAAUACCACAUAAACUAGUGUCAGUGAAGUAGGAUUUAUUGAGGUAUUGUAUGACACAUAUUGCCAAAACUACAGAGAAGUAGAUUUUACUUGACACCUUUCUAAAGAUGGAUCUCGUCAUACUCUUAAAACAACUGUUAUGGUCGUUCACCCAAUUCAACAUCCACUAUUGGCAUGUGUCUGAAAUAAACAAGCAGCAAGAAGCAGGCUAAAGCAGAGCAGCACCGUGCUUUCAGGUAUUCAGCUGGUUCCUUACCAGAAAGAUCAGAGUGAAAGCACAGAUUGGGCUUUGUGAAGGGCACCACACGAGGAUUUCAGAGCUCACCUGUAUUUAAGAGUUACUUAGGGUCUGUAAUGUGCAAAUAUUCAUAAUAACAAUGAGAACUUAACUCUUGGUGGUAGGAUAUACACAAUCCACUGAUAAAUACUACACAACGAAGAUCUGAAAACUUAGCCCUUAUGUGGCCAUAGAAUGAUAUAGCAAUACUGCAAAACGGCUAAACAAGUACUGGAUGCUAGACUUACAUCGCCAAGCAGUAGUGAAGCCUGAAAAUUGGAUUCUACUGUUAUAAUUAGCUUAUUACCAUUUUUGGUCAAAGAUCUGUGGAGAUUGGUGCCUGUCCUGUCAAGGGGGUGUUGCAGUGACAUUUUAAGGAGCCUGAACCACUGCAGUCUGUCAGUUAUUUUAAAAGUGACUUAGUCAAAAGGGCAUGAAUUCUCAGUAACCUCCUGUUUCUACAUGUCUUUAUUGGGUGAUCCAACCAAACAAUACGAAUAAGCUACAUGAGGGAGGAUAUUGGGCUGUUCAAAAACACUGAUUUCUGGUUUAGCUCUUAGAAGCUAACAGGUACCUGAAAGCACACCAAAACUUUAAUAAUGCAAUACGUCACUGUAUGCUUAUUCAGUACUUUCUCUGGCUUCCAUGCAAAGCUUUAUAACAUCCUGCAAAGGACUUUGCAAUGUACAAUAAAUUGUUUUUAGGGCGUAGGGCUAGGCUACUUCUGUUAGCAAUUGCAUUUAGAGUAGAUGCUUUAGGCCUAGUAGUUACAUUAAACCUGCCAUUUUAAAGUACAAAAUGAGUAUAUUCUUUAAAGAUGUAAAGCUGUUUUAAGCGUUGUAAAAAAUGUAUUUGUAUGGCUUUUGUAACUGCAUAUAAAAAUUUAAAUUCCUGUUGUUGA